AUGGUGGGCAUCGAGCAGUUGGCGCAGUUCCGGCGCCCCCCGGCCAUCGGUCCUCCCGGAAGUAAAGGCGGCAUCGCCUGGUGGCGCGGUGAUCUCUACGUGUGCAGCGGCCAUGAUUACCUGCAUGUUUUCUGUGUGGAGAAGAAGCUGAUGACGCACGCUGAGUUCUAUAUUCCGCGCAAGAAGACCGUUGUUACGGGUGAAAUAAAGUUGUUGAAAGACGCGGACUCUACAACACAACAAGGAAGUGUGACCGUACACCAUAUUGGGCCCAGUUUUUGCCGCUUGCGGGAUCCCUCUGCCGCCUCCUUCAUAGUAUCCGGCGAUGUUCUCGUCCUCGCAGUACAGCAGACAUACGAAUGGAAGUUCAGAAUCUUCCUCCGGAAAUCCCUCCGUUCCGAUGCCCCGGCGCCCUCUAGAGAGGUGACAUUGGCAGGCAAGGCGGCCGUGCCGAAUACUCCUCCGCAGCCCGUCAUGUGUUGUGUUUCGUUAUGGAAGGAGAACAAAGUGCCCGGCGCGUCAUGUGACUUCCUCCAGAUGUUCUCGUCCUCGCAGUUGUUGAAAGACGCGGACUCUACAACACAACAAGGAAGUGUGACCGUACACCAUAUUGGGCCCAGUUUUUGCCGCUUGCGGGAUCCCUCUGCCGCCUCCUUCAUAGUAUCCGGCGAUGUUCUCGUCCUCGCAGUACAGCAGACAUACGAAUGGAAGUUCAGAAUCUUCCUCCGGAAAUCCCUCCGUUCCGAUGCCCCGGCGCCCUCUAGAGAGGUGACAUUGGCAGGCAAGGCGGCCGUGCCGAAUACUCCUCCGCAGCCCGUCAUGUGUUGUGUUUCGUUAUGGAAGGAGAACAAAGUGCCCGGCGCGUCAUGUGACUUCCUCCUGGAGGCACGGCUCUUCACCCGGCUGUUUGGAGUGGACCUGGCUAUGCUGGAUUCCCCCAUAAUCCUUUGCGGUUUCCCCGAUGGUCGGGUGGCGUAUUUUCCAUUGAGGAGCUCGGCUUCUUCUGUUGAACAUCAGAGCUCGUGCAAACUUCUGUACCACUUGGAGCAACCGGUGGCGUCCGUCGGGGCAACUAAGACCGGACCGGGUGAUGGCGCUACUGAGCAACCAAUGGGGGGCUCUGGAACGGUUCCCUGUGACUGCGUGCUCCUGAUUGGACAGAAGGGCUCCUUGGUGUCGGUGACGUCCGGCGGUGACGGCGGGGGUGCAGCUUGUGAAUAUAGGAAGUACCCGGUACAGGCGCCGGUGUGCUGCGCAUUCUAUUCCACGGCCGGUGUCAUCUACAGCAACCACUCCAACCUCUUCUCCAUAACCGUGCCGAGCGCUGGAGACGGAGCGGCCGGCUCGGCACCGCGGUGUUCCGUUGUGUCGUCGGUCCGGCACAAUGUUCCUAUGAUUGCAGCCGUGUCGGGGAAUGAAUGUUAUUUUUUUGUUGGGACAGUACAAUAUCCUCAUAUGGCCAGUUUUGUAGACAGAAGCCAACUAACCAUCCAGCGUGUCUUUUGGAGUAAACUGGAGUGCCCGGAGGAAAACCACACAAGCAAAAGGAGAGCAUGCAAACUCCAUGCAGAUAGUGUCCUGGCCCGACAUAGUACGGCUCUGGUCCUCCUGUCCAGCAGAGGGCGCCUCAUGCUGUUGAGGUUAAAUCAGAAAGGAAGCGGAGGUCGGAGGCCUGGACUAGGGAGUGACAACACCGGGCACAGGAUUAAAGAGCUGCUGUCUGGGAUUGGCUCGGCGUCUGACAGAGUAUCUCGGCUGAAGUCGGCAGUCGAUGAGAAGAGCAGAUCUUUGCAGAAGCUGAACCAAGUCAUGUCACUGAGCCGCCAGCUUCUGUCCGGUCGCUGGGCGAGCGGUCCCGUUCUGUGUCACGUGACGGCCUCCUGGACCAAAAUGCUGCAGACGGACCGUAUGACCGUGUCCUGCGUCCUGGAGAACAGGACUGACUGUAUCCUGGAGGGAGGAUGGACUCUGUGCGUCCUGAUCAGCUCAGACGUCUCCUAUUCUUUUCCUCUGACGUCACUAAAACCCGGAGAGAGGACGGAAGUGACAUUCCCUCUGCCGGCUCACGCCUAUCGCAGUCUGGAUUUCCCCAUAAAGAUAUCAUUCACCUUGUUUUAUAACUUGAAGGGACUCGUCGCAGACUCCGGCCUGCCUGCAGGGACUUCCCCGGACCGGCAUGGCGUCUGUAUCCCUCUGCAGGAGCACAGCGUAGACUUACUGCAGUGUCUGCGGUUUGGUCCCCGAACAAGCCAUCCGGGCCUGCUUCCUGUCAUGGCGGAGGAUUUAGUCCAGGUCUUUGUCAUGGCGUCUUCUGCGGGCAAAGCCAGCGCUGAUCAUCCCGACGCACGCUCCUCGGCUAUUACUAACCAAGGCAUCCACGGGGCAGCACCGCUAAAGGCGCGGGUUCGCAUAUCUGCCUCCUUGUUGGCCCAGGCCUUGCAGAAUGGAAAAUCUGGGACGCCCCUGUGUUCUGCUGUACUGCACUGGCUGGUGUCCACGGACGUGGUGAAGGAGCAGAGCCUGGUGGAGGUGCAAGGCGUGACCCCGGAUGGAAAGGAUUUCAGCCUGCAGGUACAAGAGAUAACAGUGUCAGACCUGACUGCAUCAGGAAGCGUCCCCGUCAUUGAAAUACAGAUACUCGGCUCCCAUUUACACGUUGUGGCCUCGUUACACUUGGCUGUGAUCAGUCGUUUCCAGAUCUUACUUCAGCGAAACAAAGAUGGCGGUCACACCCCGAACGUAGAUUUGGGGAAGGUCCAGCGGCAGUUUAGUGCUCAGGAGCCAUUUCUGAAAGAACUGAAGACCCUGAAGGAGCGCCUGCAAGUAGACGAGGAUAUCAUCUCCAGUACAGCCGCCGAGAGACUCCUCCAUAUCUAUAGAGAGCUCCGAGACCCCGGCCUGUUCUUCAUAUGACCGUCCCGAGGUUGUCUCUUCUACAGUCCAGGUGGAAGUCCUGUUAGUACCAAUAGUUU